CUGACAGUUGAGUUUGUCAAUGCAGAAAAUGCUGAAAAUUCGAUAGUGUGUGAUGUUAUUUUCAAAUAAUUGGUAAAACAGUUUAAUGAAUAUUAAAAGUAAAGUAAUCAAAGUUUUCAAGCGUUAGUUUAUAAUAUAAAUAAGCUAAAUUCGCUUUAUGAUAGGAUACGAUACGUUUCACUAAAUGCUAACAAAGUUUCAAGCUGUUUUUCCGACCCGGUAAAUCAUUGUUAGUCGAUAUUGCUCCGGUCAGAAUUCUGCAGAAUUUCUGGUGCCGCUUAAUAAUUAUCAUAGUCGAAGAAAUUCCUCCGUUUUGUACCACCACCGAAAAUACCCACAAUGAGAAAGGACAAAAACGUAAACAUGACAGUCGGCUACCUAACCAAAGAACAUCUUGCCGGAUUUGAUAACUAUAAGAAACGUGCAUCGAAAGCUGUUUAGUAACUAAAUAAGUUAGAAUUCUGUUUCUGGUAGCUGCAUUAAUUGCUUAGAGUACAGCGCACGGGACACGUCACCCUUGAGUAUCUAUUUAAUGCACCCAUUUUGGAAUUGGCUCGUGGAGUACUUUCCAAAAUGGGUUGCACCGAAUUUGAUGACCUUUGCCGGUUUCUUAUUUACGGUUCUGAAUUUCGUGAUGCUGUCGUGGUACGAUUGGAAUUUUUGGGCUAGUACCGAUCUUCCUGGCUACAGUCCGAUCCCCAACUGGUUCUGGGUACUAGCGGCAGUGAACAUUUUCCUAGCUUACACAUUGGAUGGAAUCGAUGGGAAACAGGCGCGACGGAUUGGUCUUUCCGGACCGUUGGGAGAACUCUUCGAUCACGGGUUGGAUUCCUACACGGCGUUCUUUAUUCCAGCCUGUUUAUAUAGUAUUUUCGGAAGAGGCGAACUUUCGGUACCACCAAUCCGGAUGUACUACAUAAUGUGGACGAUAUUUUUCAGUUUUUAUUUGUCGCAUUGGGAAAAAUACAAUACUGGCGUUUUGUACUUGCCGUGGGGCUAUGACCUUGGAAUGUGGGGAUCGGUGCUGAUGUAUCUUGCCACUUGGAUGUUCGGAUACCAAAUGUGGAAGACUGAGUUGCCUGGCGGUGUUUCGGCCGGUCAAAUGAUGGAGAUUUGCCUACAUAUUAGUGCCAUGUCUAAUCUACCAAUGGUUGUGUAUAAUAUGUAUCGAUCCUACAAGGAUCGCACGGGUAAAAUGCGGACAGCGAAAGAGGCUUUGAGACCGCUUUUCACAUAUGGAACAUUCAUGUUAUUCUCACUACUGUGGGUGUUCUUAUCACCGAAUGAUAUUAUGAACAAGGACCCAAGAGCCGUUUAUAUUCUUAGCGGAACCAUCUUCAGUAAUAUAAGCUGUCGACUGAUAGUAUCCCAAAUGUCUAAUACGAUAAGUGAAACGUUCAAUUGGAUGACGGGUGUUCUUGGCGUGGCGGUUUUGUUGAGUUUUACAAUUCCUGCUAUUGAGCGCCCACUUCUUUAUCUUUUAGUCAUUGGUUCUUCAUCAGCACAUUGGCAUUACGGAACAAUCGUGGUUCAGCAGAUGUGCAAGCACUUUAACAGGACAUGUUUCAAAGUUACUAAACCAAAAGAGAUCGACCAAUGAGACACAAAACUUAAUGAGAUAAGUGUGCAGCGUAUUCUGUAAACUCAAACGGACUGGAAGAAUCAGCAUUGCAUCACAUGUAAAAUGGAGAUGAAUAGUAUUCGUUUAUAGAUAGGACGCGUAUACAAGGAAGAGAGACCACCUUAAUUUGUUUUAAUAAUUUAUUCUAUUUUUGUAAUUAUUUCUUAGUAUUCAUUUACGAAAUUGCAUCAUCGGAUUAUUUAUUUUUAUCGCAUUGUUCUGCCAUAGAAUAAUGAUCGUGCCAGCUUAACGUCCUCGAAAUUAAAUGCAUUUUUUUAAUUUUAUUCUUUUAGCAUUUAUCCUACUAAAGUAAGUAAUUAUAAUGUUCCAAGGAGUGUCAGGUUUGCAAAGGUUCUCGACAAAUAAAAUGCUUACACCGUUGUAUUUUUAAACAAGAUUUGGUAGCUGAGCAGCAUUUACCCGACAACAAACCUUUGAUAGAAUUGUCAAUAUUUAACAUCAUGACAAUAACAUAGAUAGCAACAUCGUUAUAACUGAAGUACUAUUUAUGCUUCGAAUAACAGUAACAGUAAUAAUAGCAACUUGACUAGUUCUGUCAUUUCUUAUGCAAGAAUUUUAGUUUCCACCGUUAUUAUAACGUUUUAUGCAGUAUUUGGUUUUAUUUUACUUACUACUAACCGUCUUGUCCUGGUACAAGGCGGAUAACUGUGAUGCAACAUAUUCAGCUUAAGAAAAAUGAUCAUUUUAUUAGUAGAGGUUGAACUAACAACUAACUGUACAUACAUUCAUUGUGUCAUCAGAUGCAUAAAUGAUUCUUCCUCACAAAAAUAUCCUCAAACACUCCGGGAAUUGACAAAAUUUUCCAGGUUUAAGUAGAGUGCGCUUAUUACACAAAUCGCUAGAUUUCGCUUUGCUGUGUAAUAGUAUUUUUCUGUUAAAAGAAUGUAGAAGUUGUAGUUUACUGUGUAUAAUUUUGCCAAAGCAUCUGGAGGUUGCUGCCAUGCAUUCUAUGUAAUAGCUUAAUGUAAUAGAAAGACAGCAGAUUGUGAACAAAAGGCAGCAAUAUUGUAUUCAUGACACAGUAAAAGUCCGUAUUACUUCAAAUUAGUGUACGUCAAUUCAUGUAAAUCAUACAAUGAUAAAAAAUUAAAUGAAUGGUCAGUAUCUUAUAA